AAGUCAUAGUCGCUACGUGUCCGUUCCGUCACUCGGCAACGCACAAAACACACUAUAGAGGCGUCGUCGUCAGAGGCGGCGGUGCGCGAGCGGAAGCGACAGCGCGAGGGAGGCGCGGUUCCAUCGAUGGCGGGCGGGGAGGCGGAGUACGUGUACCUGCCUAUCGCCGACGCCCUCAAGACCCCCGGCUUCCGGGUCUGCCUCUUCGCCGCCGUCAUCGAGAUCGGCGCCGCCUUCCGCAGCCGCGGAACCGAUUUCACUCUUACAUUGAGGAUAGCUGAUCAAUCACGUACAUCUGGUAUCUCCGUGACUUUCUUUGCUAACAACACUGCACUACUGCCAUGUGUUAGGUCAAGCGGCGAUAUCAUCAGUCUCCAUAAUGUUGUGAUAAAAGUGCUUCAUGGAGAAUUCUUUGUAACUAUUGAGAAAAGGUUUUCUUCGUUUGCACUAUUUGGAGGGAUGGUAUCUACAGAGUUCAGGCCUUACCAGAUUUCUAUGAAACAUCAAGGAACCAAACAUGACAACCAAAUUUUAACCCAGAUGAGAAUGUGGCUUGUGUAUCAUCCUCCAGGUUUGAAAGAUCUUGAAUUGCAGCUACGGAAUAUAAAGUCUGAUUCUACUUUUGAUCUUGUAUGCAAGGUACUUCAUGUCUGUGAAGGUCCCAGUGGCGAAUGGAUUUUUUAUGUUUGGGAUGGAACUGAUACUCCUGCAACUGAGCUUCAGACACUUUUGGACACGGAAGCAGUUACACCAACCCCUCUGCAUCCUGAAGAAGCGCCGCUACCCAGGGAGGUUCUAUGCACACUGCCUUGUGUUGGAACUGUCCUGAGGGUAUUCUCAAACAGAUUUUCCAAGGAAAUACUACACUUGCAAAAGGAUAUUUACUGGGCCCGGUUCUGCAAUAUUACUUGCAAACAGGAGUUUGGCAUGUGGAAAGGCUCUUUGCUGCCUUCUAGUAGAAUCCGUCUUUUAUCUAGUGAAGAUGGCAGUGUCAUUGAACGUUUGAAGACAUUCAAUGGUCGUUUUGCCACCCAAGUUCAUCGAGAGCCAAUGGCUAGCCUCCACACGGCCUCUGAUAUUACUGAUGUGGAGUUCAAGAGAGCAGGUUACACGACAUUAAUGGAGUCGCUCACCCAUGGACAGGUGACGCACAAAUUCAAAACCCUGGUCCGUGUGGUGGCGGCAUACCCUUGUCAAGGCAAAGAGCUGCAUUCACUAUUGACGGGUGAUUAUUGCCUUCGGCUGACUCUCGAGGAUCCUACGGCGAGGAUCCAUGCAUACGUCCACAAGGACAAUGCGGUGAGCUUUUUCGGCGGUUUCCUCACACUGGCCGCGCUGACCAGAAAGAUGAACAGGCUGCUGGGCGUCCCAGAGCCAGAAGAUGAUGCCGAGGAAGGCAUGGCCGGCGGCAGGAACCCUCCCUGGAUAUGGUGCUGCCUGAAGUCGUACCGCCUGGACAAGUACGACCCCUGGGGCAGCAGGCGGUAUCGGAUCUUCGGCACAGAGAUCAGGGACUGAGAUAGGCGGAAGGCGAUCCAUCGAUCCGCGACGACGUGGUGAACCGCCUCGGAGACGGCGCUGUGUACAGAGAGGUCUGCCUGAAUUGGCACUACUAGUCAUCCCGUUGCUGCUGUCUGUUCCUUAGACUAGAGGAGCCACUCUGUUGGUGUUACUGGAUUAGUGCAGUUUUUGUGCAGUCGAAUGGCAUGAUGGCACUAGUCAGUACUUA